GGUGCCGAGGAAGCAGCAUCAUGGCGGCGUCCGCUCGCAGCGUGCAGUGUGCACUGAGGAGAGCGAUGGUCCCGUCGUUGGUGGUGAUUUUAGGAGCUACCGGAACUGGAAAGUCCAAGCUGGCGAUCGAGAUCGGCAAGCGGCUCCGGGGAGAAAUAAUCAGCGCCGACUCCAUGCAGGUGUACCAUGGGCUUAACAUCAUAACUAAUAAGGUGACAGCUGAGGAGCGUGCCCAGUGCAGACAUCACAUGAUCAGCUUUAUAGACCCAUUAGUUAGCAGCUACACUGUGGUGGACUUCAGGAACAAAGCCCUGGCUCUAAUAGACGACAUGCACAGCAGGAGCAGACUGCCUAUCAUUGUUGGAGGAACAAACUAUUACAUAGAGUCUCUGUUAUGGAAGGUCCUGCUGGAUACAGGGCAGGAGAACGAGGAGUCAGGGGAUGGAGGAGAGGGCGCUCCCGACAGGAAGCUGGAGCUGGAGAAACUGGGAGGAGCUGAGUUACAUAAACGGCUGACAGAGGUUGACCCCAAGAUGGCCGCCAUGUUGCAUCCCAAUGACAGACGCAAGAUAGCCAGGAGUCUUCAAAUCCACGAGGAGACAGGCGUCCCGCACAGUCGCUGGCUGGAGGAGCAGAGAGGGCAGGAAGGGAGCGAUGGGCUGGGAGGGCCGCUGAGAUUCUCAGACCCUUGCAUCUUCUGGUUGCAUGCUGACAUGGAGGCGCUUGACAAGAGGCUGGAUGCUCGUGUGGAUGACAUGUUGUCUGCUGGACUGAUAGCAGAGCUCAGAGACUUCCAUGUCUGCUACAACCAGCAGAGAGUCCAGGGUGACAGUCAGGACUAUCAACAUGGGAUUUUUCAGUCCAUUGGUUUUAAGGAGUUCCAUGACUACCUGACUGUUCCUGAAAGCAGCAGCCAGCAGGAGAAAGACGCGCUACGAGACAAAGGUGUAGAAGCUUUGAAGAUCGCUACAAGACGCUACGCCCGCAAACAGAACAAAUGGGUCCGAAACCGCUUCCUUAAAAGACCGGGAGACAACGUACCCGUGGUGUAUGGCCUGGAUGUGACGGACGUGUCGCGGUGGGAGGAGACAGUCCUGAACCCUGCACUGCAGAUACUGGACAGCCUCAGUAAGGGUGAGGAGCCAGCUGUUGCACCAAUCAGAGUCCAGGGGGCGGAGCAGAGAAACAAACGGAGCCGCCAUUCAUGUGACCUGUGUGACAAAGUGAUCAUCGGUGAUUUGGAGUGGACAGCUCACCUGAAGUCAAAAAAGCAUCACUAUCAUGUAAGGAAGAAGAGGAAGUCUGAACCACCUUCUGACCAAUCCCAGGUUACCACUGCACUUCCUGACUCUGCUGCACAGAUCUCAGAGAGUCGCUCAAAAGUCUCUAAUGCCGCCGUCGCCCCCUCCCAGGAGUCGUCCAAGGACAUCAGGACAUCACAGCAGGAAGUACCUGUGACUUUGUAAGAGUUGUUCAGACUCUGAGCUACAUUCAUCUUCAUGUUGUUAUCAACUGGAUGUUUUCUUAUAGGGCUGCUUUUUUUGUAUUUGUCCUUUAUUCUGGUGUUCAGUCCUUUUUAUUGUAAAAAAUGGCUUCCCAUUGAAGUGAAUGAAGACCUGUUAAGCCCUGUAGAGGAAUUCAAUAAUGUUGAUCCUCGCUGAAUGCAAAGAACUCCAAUUCCAAGGGACUUUUCAAAGUAUUAGAAUAAUCUUUCAUUUAAUUUGUACUUGUUCAAGAGUAUGGAUCCUUGAACUUGUACAGCAGAGAUGAUGACGAUCAUGGCAAUUCAACAUCAUGGACUGACAAAGAAAAACGUCAACAUUUUUAUGGCGUGUGCAGCCAAGGACGGAUUUUACCUUCUAUAUUUUUUUCUAACUUUGCUGAUUGUGCCUUAAAUAGAUAUUUCAUACUGUUGCUUCCAACUACAUGUCUGACAUAUUGAGUGUUUUAAGUUGAAGUUUUUUUUCUUUGUCUGUAACCCGACCAUCAUGCACUUUAUGCAUCCCAUUGGUUCUAAAAAUGUUCAAUAAACCAAAAGGACUAAACGUUU